AUGUUUGUCGGACAGGACACUUACAUCGCGUUGCGCGCCCUCAUCGAGUACACGAACCGCAAACGUCUGCGAGACGUGAGUGCGCUCAGCGUGGCCGUGGACGCCGUGGCGCUGCAUGGGCACACGCGCACGCUCACGUUGCGCAACGACAACCUGGCGCUCAUGCACAGCAUAGAGAUCCCGGAGGCGUGGGGCACGGUGAAGGUGACUGCCCGUGGCACGGGGUACGCGCUGCUGCAGCUGUCGGUGCAGUACAACGUAGACGUGCCGCGCUUCCAGACACCGCCGCCCCUGCGCGCCUUUGAGCUGCGCACGCAGGCUAGCUUCUACGGACGGAACCAGUCGCACGUCGAUUACCGCAGCUGCGCCAGCUGGACGCUGGUGUCGGAGUCGGUGCGGUCGGGCAUGGCGGUGCUGGAGGUGGGCGUGCCGACGGGCUACAUGGUGCAGCAGCAGCGCCUCGACGCCUACGUGCUGUCGCGCGCCGUGCCCACGCUGCAGCGCGCCAAGUACCAGCCCGACAAGAUACUCUUCUACUUCGACUACGUACGUACACAGUGCACGCUGCACGCUGGUGUCGCAGUCGGUGCGGUCGGGCAUGGCGGUGCUGGAGGUGGGCGUGCCGACGGGCUACAUGGUGCAGCAGCAGCGCCUCGACGCCUACGUGCUGUCGCGCGCCGUGCCCACGCUGCAGCGCGCCAAGUACCAGCCCGACAAGAUACUCUUCUACUUCGACUACGUACGUACACAGUGCUGGUGUCGCAGUCGGUGCGGUCGGGCAUGGCGGUGCUGGAGGUGGGCGUGCCGACGGGCUACAUGGUGCAGCAGCAGCGAAAUCUUUUAAAUUAG